CUGUAACUCGGUACGUAGAUUUCAAGUGGGGAUAGAAAACAUAAUACAAAAAAAACCAGACACACCGUCCAAGACAAACAACGCGGAAAUUAUCGCAUAUAACUGUCAGCGUGCGCUUGCUAAAGUAAAUUCGAAAAUCCAUUUUAAACACGAUUUGAAGAUGUCUGCCGCCAUGAAUAUGGAAGACGAAUACGACGAGUACAACUACGACCAAGACAAAUUAGUCAACAGCGGACACAGUGGUAAGAAUAGAAGCAAGAAAGAGGCUAGCGAACACACCAAUCAUUUCGAUCCAAGCGGUCACUCAAGGAAACUUUCAGCUAAAUUGCAAAACACUGAAACUAACAGGAAGGAAGAAAAUUUGAAGCCUCAUCCAACAACCAGAAAGUGAUGAGAUCCAAGCGCUUCCUUCAAUGACUUGCUAUGGUUUUACUUACAAUUUUUUUUUUUUAUUUUCCAAAAUACUAAUUGAUUGCUCAUCAAAAGCCAUCGUUAAUAUUGAUAUUAAUUUUAAAAACUAAUGUUCAGAAACAUUUAAUCUACGUUCUUUAACUGUAGAUUAUAUUUUCUUUCUUAAUAUCAUAUAUAUUUUUUUUUCUUUUUUUUUUUUAAGAUUUAAUAUUAUCUAUAGAUGUUAUAUUUUUGAAAGGUGUAUAAGUAAUUGUAUAUGACAUCAAUGCAUUUCAAUACAUUAAGUUGAUUGACA